AUGUUCCGCCCAACACUCGUCCGCGCUCUCCGCGCAGCCCGCCCGCUCGCAACGCGGCCUUCAGCGCGCGCCAUCUCCACCCUUCCCACCCUCACCACCCGCUUCACCGCCCCGCCCCGUACCCGCGCAGCGAGCAGCACCCCGCAUGGCGACCCCCAGAUUGCAGAAGGCAUUGAGGUCCGCUCCCUCACCGAUAACGAGUACCACGACCUAGCCGACGAGAGCAUGGACACACUCCACGAAAACCUCGAGGCGCUGUGUGAGGACUUUGGCCCGCCCGACUGGGAGGUCGAGUACAGUUCCGGAGUCAUGACCCUCAUCCUUCCCCCGCACGGCACGUACGUCAUCAACAAGCAGCCGCCAAACCACCAGAUCUGGGUAUCGUCGCCGUUCUCGGGACCUGCGCGCUUCAGCCUGUCGCCCGAGGGGAUCUGGGUGCACCACCGCCGGAAGGGCGUGCAGCUCGGCGCUCUGCUCGACGGAGAGUUGAAGGACCUUGUCAAGGGCGGGUGGGAGGGCGUUGGCCUCAAGUAG